AUGGUUCUCCUUGGACGCGGGCUCCUUUCCGUCGGCCGAACGGCUCUCCGUCGCCACGCAAUCGUCCGCCAUCUCCAGUACGACGCGUUCGUCGACCGACACAUCGGGCCGAAGCGAAUCGAACAGCAGCAGAUGCUCGACUUCAUCGGAUACAAAGUUUGUUCGGAAAGCGACGACAUAGUUGAGAUUAAGUAGUUUUGUAGGAUCUGGAUGAUCUGACGGGCACCAACGUGCCCAACAUGAUCAAAAUCGAGAAAGCUCUGGAACUGCCGGCGCCUUUGGAUGAGUACAAAAUGCUGAAAGAGCUGGAGGCGAUCGCCGCACAGAACAAGAUCUACAGAUCGUACAUCGGAAUGGGAUACUACGACACGAUCGUGCCGGCCGUAAUCUCUCGAAACAUCCUUCAGAACAUCGGCUGGAUCUCCCAGUACACCCCGUACCAGGCGGAGAUCUCACAGGGACGCCUCGAAUCCCUUCUCAAUUUCCAGACUAUGGUUCGUGUUCUCAAAGAGAUUGAUUUAUUGGAAAUGUUUCAGAUUGCUGAGAUCACCGGCCUUCCGACCACCAAUGCUUCCCUUCUGGACGAAGCGACCGCUUCCGCUGAAGCCGUCGCAUUGGCCGCGAGAACGACGAAAAGGAACAAAGUGGUGGUGGACUCGUUCUGCCACCCUCAGAACUUGGACGUCAUCAGGACUCGCAGCGGCCUCUCGGAAUCGACAUUGAACUUUGCGACUCUAUCGAAGGAUUCGAAUUCGACGACAAAGUCGCUGCUGUGGUCGUGCAGUACCCGAACACCGAGGGAAGAAUCCAUCAGUUCGACGAGCUGAUUGAGAAGGCGCACAAGAACAAGUCGCUCGUCAUUAUGGUCUGUGAUCUGCUGUCUCUGACGAUCCUCCGAUCGCCCGGAGACCUCGGAGCCGACAUCGCUGUCGGAUCGGCGCAAAGGUUCGGAGUUCCACUCGGAUACGGAGGACCUCACGCUGGAUUCAUGGCUGUCGGAAAGAGCGAUUCGAAGAACGCGCUCGGAAGAAACAUGCCGGGAAGAAUCAUCGGAGUGACCAAGUGAGUCUGCCACGUGUCUUCUCUCCAAGCUAAUUUCUUUCAGGGACGCAAACGGCAACAGAGCUCUUCGUUUGGCUCUCCAGACCCGCGAGCAGCACAUCCGUCGUGAUAAGGCCACGAGCAACAUCUGCACGGCUCAGGCCCUUCUCGCCAACAUGUCUGCCAUGUACGCAGUCUACCACGGACCACAGAGACUGACGGAAAUCGCGAGAGGAGUGCACAAAUCGACGGCUUACCUGGCAACGCGUGAGUGUCUCAUUCCGACUCUUCAACCUCCUACUCCUUCCUUCAGAUCUUCGAAAUUCCGGACACGAAAUCGUCCACAAGGAUUAUUUGACACUUUGA